AAAUCUUUUCCACCAUAGUUUUAUUAACUACCCAAUAGGCGCUCAGCCUAUGAUUGAAGUUUGAUGGAUCCUUGGGGCAGUGAAAUUGGGAAUUCUGAGGUUCUAUCAGAGUUUGAAGAUAAUUUUCAACCAACUUCCGUGUCUGAGAAGUUAUCGGAUUCUGAACAGUAUCUCGCAAUUUUAGAGCGCAAACUAAAGGCAGUCAAAUCCAAGAAUAAAGUUGUUGAGAACUUGGCGGCAUACAGGGCAGAUUGUAUUGACCGGUUGAUGCGUGAAGGCUGUGACCUCGACCCUGUAAUAGGAGACACAGAGAACGAGAAACUGUUGCAAGAGUAACUUCUCAAAUAAUUUAAGAAUAUUGAAUGAUGUGUAUGCAGUGAUGGCUGGUCGCAAGAGUCUGUUCAUCUUCCUGAUGGGGCUGGCGUGGAAGUGUCGCUUCAGUAUGCCGCUUCUGCUAAGCGGGACCGUGGCGGUGCUAGGCAGGGCGUGGAUGUUCCAAAUCAGAGUCCAUACCGUUCACAGACUACAUGAAAAUGAGUUGGCAUACUAUGAGGAGGAGGAGGAACAAGAGACAGACGAUGCGUCAUGGGACUCAUUGUCCUCAGAUUCAUGGGAAACUAUCGUAGAAGAGGUAGCUUAUGGGUGACAUAGCCCCACCCAUUGUCACAUGUAGCGGGUCUAAUUAUCCCGAUCAUUGACUUAAUUUUUAAAGGUACUGUUCAAUUUUAUUCUGUGAUCAGUUCCCAAUAAAUAUUUUAUUAUCUGUAUCAUCCAGAAUGUUCAUUCAACCGUUCGUUAGAUUAGAAAUGACCACAGAUUAAAUUGAACACGUUUUCAAAAAUGUUACUGAUAUAUUUUGCAGUCUUUAUAAACAUUUAUGGGUGCAAAAAUAUGUUUUUGAUUCUUUUGGAUAAGUCCGAAAUGUAUACGUGUGGCGUGUCGCGCCAGAGCUUCUUGGUUUCAUGUAUUCACUAUGGUCAGAGACAAAGUAACGUGGCGUGUCGUGUUGUGCCGCAUGCUGUUAAAAGUAUGAAACCUUGGCGUUCUGUCGCGAAACGACACGUUUUCAGUGUACAGUGUGUCUAACUUUAGGCGUUUUUUUUUUAUAUUUGUGGGUUGGGGAUUACUCUUUCCAUUUUAUAUGGUAAUGGUAUAAGGUAGUAACUAGCAAUAGUAAAUAUCUAACUUGCACUCCCAUAUAACUCCAAAUACCACUCUCAUACAAUUGAGUGAGCGAGACGUAAAUAAUAUCCAGUAAAAACCUUUGCGAGUAAAGGAUAACAAUACUUAAUUAAGUAUGUCGAUUUCAGGACGAAUAAUUUGAUUUAAAAAAGAGUUCUAAUAUUAAAUACCUAAGUGCCUUCAAUUUUUGUUGCGGCCAUAUUGUUUCUUAUGAGUCAAGAGAAUAUUAUCUAUGGUCGGUUCGUUUCCGUUUGCUAAAGACAAAUUCAUGUCGUCACUAGGUGAGCUUGAUCUUGAACAAAGUUAGCUGUAAGUACCUUAUUGUGCCUAUUUCCAUACACAAUUAGUAAGAUUCCCUGUCCU